GUGCAUUUGGUGAGCCCAUCUCAGCAUAGCAACCCUGCAGCCUGACACAUGAGAGAGAAACAAGAGAGGGAGGAGGGAGGAAAAUAAGAGAGGGAACCUGGUUUAACUUCAGCUUCUGUCCUGCUGAGGGGCUUCAGCCCUGUGCUUCUGUGAAGUGCCCUCAAAUCCAGGGGUGUGCAGUGGUGUGUAUGAGUGAGUGUAUGUGAGUCAUGUCGGACCCAAGGAACAUCGAUGAGGAUGCCAUCCUCAAAGGCCUCAGUCCUGAGGAGCUGGAGCAGCUGGAGUGUGAACUGCAGGAGAUGGACCCUGAGAAUGCCAUGCUCCCAGCUGGCUUGCGGCAGCGAGACCAGACGAAGAAGAGCCCAACGGGGGCUUUUGACCGUGAUGCCCUGAUGCAGCACCUUGAAAAGGAAGCCCUGGAGCACCCCGACAGGGAGGACCUUGUGCCCUUCACUGGGCAAAAGAAAGGAAAGGCCUUUGUGCCUAAGAAGCCAAAGGAGAUUCCCCUGCAUGAGCAGGUGAUCCUGGAGCCGGAGCUGGAAGAGGCUCUGAAAAACGCCACAGAUGCAGAGAUGUGUGACAUUGCAGCCAUCCUUGGAAUGUACACCCUGAUGAGCAACAAGCAGUACUACGAUGCUCUGGGCACCACGGGCACAAUCGCCAACACAGAGGGCAUCAACAGUGUUGUGAAACCAGAUCCAUUCAAGAUCUUCCCUGAAGAACCUCCAAACCCCACCAACGUGGAGGAGACUCUGGAGAGAAUCCUCAACAAUGACAGCUCCCUGACUGAGGUCAACCUUAACAACAUUAAGGACAUUCCCAUCCCAACUCUAAAGGAGGUCUUUGAGGCAAUGAAGGAGAACUCCCAUGUGGAGGUUCUAAGCAUUGCUGCAACUCGCAGCAAUGACCCUGUGGCUUAUGCAUGUGCUGAGAUGCUACAGGAGAACACCAGCUUGCAGAGUCUUAACAUUGAAUCCAAUUUCAUUACCUCAGAUGGCAUGAUGGCCAUCAUUAAAGCCAUGGCUAAUAAUGCUACACUGGUGGAGCUCAAGAUUGACAACCAAAGGCAGAAGCUGGGCGACACAGUUGAGAUGGAGAUUGCCUCCAUGUUGGAAAACAACUCCAGCAUCCUCAAGUUUGGCUAUCACUUCAACCAGCAGGGUCCUCGUGCCAGAGCUGCCAUGGCCAUCACAAGAAACAAUGACAUGCUUCGCCAACAGAGACUGAGAUGAAGCAAACAGGAGAAAACACUUAAGCCCCUCAGAGCCUAAAAAGACUGCUGAUGACGACGAUGUGUCAGCUUUCUCUGGGGUGUGCCAGAGAUGAAGGAAUCAUCCCAAAUGAAUCUGGUUCACGGUGGAAACCAUGUCUAACAUCCAUGCUUAACCAUUUCAUUUCAUUUCCUGCUGAAUUCAUUAUAAAAUGAUGUGAUCAAA